UUCACAGUGACUGGGGAAGAAGAGAGCCUCCCUCCUGCCAUCUCCCCCCUUCAAUUACUCCUUCCUUCCUUCCCAGCAUCAUCAGUGCUGCAGCCACAUAUGAUCCUGAAGUCUGGUGUCAUCCCAUCUCCUUCUGUGGUCCUGUGCCCUUUUCCACCUGCCUCAGUCCCAGUACACCAGCUACACUGGGAGCCGCCCCCACCACCCUUUGGGAAUGCACCACUUCCUCGGGGUAACCCCCUGGUGCUUUCCCCUUUUCCCAUGACACCUGUGAUGGCAGGACAUGCUGGCUAUGGCAAGCCUGGGGCUGCGCCUUUCAACAUCAUGGCCCAAGCCAGGAGAGCAAGGAGGCCAGCAGGGUCCCUGCUCACUCAGAGCACUCUCCUCACUCAGGCCCCAUGCAUGAGGGGUGCCCCGGGGGUCCAGCAUCGGGCUGUGCAGAAUCCUGCUCCCCUGCAGCUGAGAGCUCUGCCCAUGACCACCUUCAUGCCUGCCCCAACUCGGGUGAGCAUCAACGCUCAUGAAGGGAUGUGGCCCUGGGGCCUUUAUCCCUCAGCCGUACCACCAGUGGCCCCUGCCAUGUCCAGGGUGAACACAGGGCCACCACCACACUGUAACUGCACAGAGUGUGGCCUGGCCGCCUCGCAGGCCAAUCCUUCACCAGAUCACACCUGCAAGUCUCCAAGUGUCUAUGAGAACUUCCAGCACUGGCAGCAUUUGAAGACUGUGCUCCGGAAACACCUUCCUCACACUCCUGACGUGGAAGUGAUGUCCUGCUUCCUGGUGGCAUCCUGGAGGCUGUCAGACCACAAAGGAAGAGUGUUGUGCCAAGGGCAGAAGUGACAGAACCAUGGGGUGUGCAGGGCUGGAUCAGCUGGGUAUGCAGGGCGAGGGUAGUGGAUGGUAACUGAUCCUGAGCAAUUACAGGCCAGUGCUUCGGUCCCUGUCCUGCCGGCAGCCGACCAUGAGUGUGGAGAAGGGCCUGCAGAUAGUCUUGUGAGAAUGGGACUGCACCAGCAACUAUGACCACAUGACAUUCUAUGAGGUGGCUGAAGAGUGAGCCAGGGACCCUGGGGCCGGGCCUGAGUUGCAAGAGCACAUGGGCUGUGCCGCUUUGCCCAAUGGCGCUUGUCACCCACACGAUGUCAGCAGGAGUGCACAGACCCCACCCCUGGACACCUUGGUCCUUAGGUGGCAGCUCUUUCUACCUGGAGGGUCCCAGAAGCUCGGGCCUCACUGUUCAUGGGGUUUCUUCCGGCAGUGGUGGCUAUAUAAAGUGCCAUUUAGUCACAUGCUAGUCCCAAGUUGACAACAAAGGGACCAUCUCUGUCCAUGAAAGGGACAAGAGGUUAUAACCCAAGGUCCCAGAAGAGAAUGGGAGAGAGGACAGCAUGAUUAGGGGAAAACAGCCUCUCAGGCACCCGGAGGACAUGUCCUUGCCAUUACUGCUUUUGCUCCAUCUCAUCUGUUCUCUUCAAACAAACAAAUGAACAAACAAACAGAGAAACAGAAAAAUAGGCCACAGAGGAAAGUGACUCCCUGUUUCUCCUGACUUCUCCAGGGCCCUUGUCUCUUAGGGCAUCAUUCCAGGACUCACAGUCCCAGCUCAGGAUCCCUGGAUGGGACAAGGACUCCUGGUGUUUUCUGCCUUAACUUACUUCCUGACCAGCUUCUGAUGGUCAGUUCCUGUUUGUGGCUCUGUGCAAGGCCAUGAUAGGCCUGAAAAGGCUGAAAAAGCCUCUGUGGGUCACCUAGGCCUAAUGUGAUUCCCUGCAGGUAAUGAAGGGUGUGCCCAGAACUGUGAUUGUGCCCUGGGAUCAGCACCCUCUGACAACUAGACUAGUCCACCCAGGGCACUGCUCCCCACGCCUGACACUGGUCCAGCCCAUGGUCCUUAUGGCCUGGGGCCUGGCUUCCCUACCAGCUCAGCCUGUGCCUCCCCAGACCAUAGGUUCAUGGAGUUUGAGGCUGCUGAAAAGAUGGAACAUCCUGGGUUGCAGUUGACUGGAGGACUUCUGGGCCGUCCAAUUCCAGCCCCACUGAGGCCCGAACCUCCAAGGCUCCCAAUGCCUAAGGUUGUCCAACAACCAGGUAGGGCUUCCCAUGUUCCACAGGCAAUCAUGGCAGAGGCCAAAGAGGGCAGAGGGAAGCUGAUGUCCCACAUCUGUUGGGUUUUCAAUCAGGAUGAGGCAUUUGGUGUUGACAGCAGAAAAUACUCCAGCGCCUGGGGUUCCCCAGCCCUUGCUUUUGAGCAGGGUAUUGAUUGGCUGUGCAAUAUCUGAACCCACCAUCUGCCCAGGACUUGGGGGCAGGAUGGGGAGAGUGUCUGGCAUUUUGGUAGCUCCACAUGUCCUCCCAUGUGACUGUCUCCACAUUCCACCUUAUGCAGAGUCUCCCCUCAUAGGUUCUGAGGUCAGGUUGUCCUGGACUACUCUGGAUGACAUUAGGUCCCCUGAUCACUGCUCUCCCCACUGGGAUUGGGGUGUAGCUGGAGCCCCCAUCCAUACAACACUCCCUCCUCCCAUUCUAGUGUGCAUCCCCGGGCAGAUAGACUCUAAGGCACAAGCUCUCUGGCCCCCAGCUCCCAAAUGUCAGCAGCCACCUGAGACCAAGGCACCUGAUGAGAUCCCUCCUGAAGCCAUGAGGGAAUACAUGGAGAUCAUGGACUGGCUGGAAGAACAUCAUCUCUUGGCCAUUGAGAAGUCAAGGACACUCAUGGGUUCUUCUGAUCCAGGUGGAAGCCAUUAUCAAAGUUCCUCCCCACAGAGGCAGCCUCAGCCGUGACCUCCCUCCAUGUGCCAGGUCCAAGAAGAGUCCUCAUGGGAGGCGCAGCUCCUGUGGGAAAGGUGUCCUGCCCAGGGCCUUCCUGCCAGGUCUCUGGAGGGCAAGAUUUGGCUCGGGCUGGUUCCACACCCGUGGCCUUCCAUGUUUGCAGCAUACCCACUGUUUUUCACCAAUGUGGAACAUGGCUGGUCAUUGUGAGGCAUGACUCCUGCAGCCAUGGUAAUCCACAUUUCAGUAUCCCUGCAGCCCAUAGCUCAUCUUUGGGAGAAGAUGGUGGAGGUGGUAAGAUGAGACGAGAGGUUGCUUCUGAACAUCUUCAAGCCCGGGGCACAUCUUCCUCAUCUUUGAAUCCAGUGACUUCAUCCUUCAAAUUUGGUGGCCCUUCAUUCUCUUCUGGGCCUUCUCAGACCGUGACAAACACUUCCCUCCAUCCCAACCCCCAAGACCAAGGUCUCCUCCUGUGAAAGUAGUUUUGACCUCACAGUCCCCCUGAAAGGAUCUUGGAGAAUUGGUAGUCUCAAGUGUGCCAUUGAUUCACUAAAUCAGGAUGUAAUAAGGGUAAUCCUUAAAGUUAAAACCAUGUUCUUAACUUUUAUGUUUAAUCAUGAGUACUGUACUGUGAGUAUUACGAAUGGUUCUAAUUAUAUAGCAAGCACAAAAUUAAUAAAUUUUUAAUUUUAAAUUAUA